AUGGAACUGGGGAGAGACAGCAGUUUCCACGUCCUUUCAUCGGCGGAUCCACAGGUACGAUCUUCCCAUGAUCCCAGUCCAUCCCUGUCCAUACAGGAGGCAGGAGACAAGCCCACACAGACAACCCACAGUUCCAGAGCAAAGCACAAUGACAGACGCCACGUGCCAUCAACCCAUAUCCUGGCACGGCUGGAAUGCCCCUUCGAAGCCUUCUGGAAGAAAUUAGCACACAGGCUGAAGCAGGCUGAGACUCUCACAGCAGAUGAGUGCUUACCUGAGGUGCCAUCUCUUGGCUCCCGACACCGGCAAGCAAUCCCCAGACUGUGCUGGCAAACGGUGCCGGAGGCAGCGACAUUUCCCGCCUGCACACAAAUCUACUCGACUGUGUGGGGCCAAGAUUGGGACAAGGUCUCGAUCACACUAGCAGCCGGACAGCCACAACAGCUCAGGAUCACGCCAGAACGCAUACUCUUACUGAGGUACCAAGGAGAACCCUGA